AUGAUUGCUCGCACUCUCACAUCCUCAUACUUCAAGACGACUUCGGGUACAAACACACAUUACCUACAGGGUGGUGAUCCUUCUGGUCCGCUCUUAGUAUGUCUACACGGGCUCGGGGGCUCUACCGAAACAUUCUCGCCCCUCGUACCUUUCCUACCCCAAGCCUACAACAUCGUUCUUGUCGACUUUCCUGGGUUCGGGAAGACGCCACUAGCAGGUGUCACGAAAGCACUUUCAGUUGAAGGGCUUGUUUCCGACUUGGACGAUCUUAUCACACAUCUGACAAAGUCGGAAACUGUAGCCCCGUCCAAAGUCGUCAUCGCUGGACAUUCGCUCGGCGCCAUUAUUGCUCUGCAGUAUACUGCAAGAUAUCCACAGUCUGUUGCAGGUCUCUUGCUCCUUGGUCCUGGUAGAGCGGCUGGUCACAUCCCCGCUGUACGACAGCGCAUGCUCGAUCUUGCGGCCGCGGUUAGGAAGGAAGGCAUCAAGUAUGCAGCGGAUAUCGCGGCCAAGUCUAAUUUCUAUGACGAUAGCCAAGACCGAAAGGCAGAUCCAGCAGCUCGAGAGGCUGUGAGGCUCGAUGUGAGCUCUGCUGAUUCCGAGGCCUAUGCGCAAACAUGUGAAGCUAUCGUAGACGGUAGCCACAAAGACCCGCCUUAUCAAGGCAUCACAUGUCCUGUAGUCUUCGUGGCAGGAGAUAAGGAUAUGAUCAGCCCAGUGCAGCGGUCGCAAGAUCUCAGUACAUUGGUUGGGGGGAAAAGCUGGGUGCAUGUUGUGCAAAGUGGUCAUCAGCCGAUAUUGGAGGAUCUUUCUGGCGUUGAGAAAGCUGUACAGCAACUAAUGAAAGCCGUCAUCGAAUGA